AUGAAGUAUGCCACCUCGCUCCUCCUUGCCGCCCUGGUCGCACAGUCGCGCUCGCUUCCUGUCGAUGAUGCGGCUAUCAGUGUUCGAGCAGACACAUGCACGGGUGGAUCUAGCACACCAUAUGAUGCUACUUGCUUUGGAACCUUAGCUCUUGGGGAAUGGGUACAGAACUGGUUUACGAAGACCCCAAAAUGCACUGGUCAAACUAUCAACAACCUCUUCACCAACUGGUUCCUAGCCACCAAAUUCGCAGCUUCAGACGCUACCUCCAUCAUCCCCUCAAUGAUCGCUCUCCUCGACCCGGAAGAAAAAGCCUCCACAUCAAUCGCCAACAUCCUCCUCGGCCUCACCACCGGCCUAGCUUUCCUCGCCUUCCCAGAAGCAGGCCCAGAGAUACCCGCCGCAGUCGCCACAAUCGGCGGAAUCGUAACCACCGCCCUCCAACAAGCCCCAUCAGUCGUCUCCGCCCUCCUCCCCACCGGUGACGCCGCCUCGCAAACCGUCCAAAUCGCCGACAUCCAAUCCCACCUCAGCGACCUCAACACCCAAAUCUCCUCCAUGCUCGACUCCGCCCUCCACGAAAUCAUGACUAACGUCACGGCCUUCGCCGCCUUCGCCUCCUCCGGCGCCUUCUCCAGCCCAAGCAACAUGUCGCUCCCCUCCGAAACAAAAGAACUCGGCAACGCAUUCAAAACCUUUGCCGUCACAGCCGCCAUGGCAGGCAAUGGCUGGCGCGUCUUCCAAGGUCCCGCGUACGAUGACGCCACAGCCUUCAACUCGUCCUUAGUAUCCCAGCGUGUGAAUUUCGGUUGUAAUAUCAAGCCGAAUGGGGUGUGCGAUACCAUUGAUAGUCACGGCCCCUUCCCCACCCCUGGCCAGCCGGAAGAUUGGUCCGAGUAUACGAGCAAGGUGACGAAAAGGAGCUAUUAUGCCACGCAUGACGCGAGCCAUCCUACGAGCGCUGAGACGACAAAUGCGAUUGUGGAUAAUGGGUGGAGUUCACUGGAGGCGGUGUUUGAUGGGGCGUAUGAUUGCGGGCAGCAGGGUGGGGAUGGGGGGCCAGUGGUGAAGGUUGGGCCGGAUGGGAAGCUGGAUUUUAGUUGUCUGAGUCAAUUGACUGUGAAGGAUGGGUGUAGGCAUGAUGGGCCGGAUUGGCAUUACUGCUGUGGGGACUUUUUUGAGAGUCAUCCGCAGAUGUUGUUUAAUGUGGAUCGUUGUAAGUCGGGGGGACCUAUGGGGUCGCUGGGGCUUUUGGGUCAGUGA